UCCAGGCCCGGCCCCUGUACCGCCCUUCGCCGUCGGGGAGGCGGAGCUGGGUGGGUUUGCGCGGCCGGGCCGCUUCCUGGUCACCUGAGGAGGAGGUAGAAUCCCACUGCGGCGACAGCAGAGGUCUGCUGGUUUCGGGUCCGGCUGCCGCCAUGGCCUCUCUCUUCAAGAAAAAGACUGUGGACGAUAUAAUAAAGGAGCAAAAUCGAGAGUUAAGAGGUACACAGAGGGCUAUAACCAGAGAUAGAGCAGCACUCGAAAAACAGGAAAAACAACUGGAACUGGAAAUAAAGAAAAUGGCUAAGACUGGUAACAAAGAAGCCUGCAAAGUGCUGGCAAAACAGCUUGUACAACUGCGGAAGCAGAAAAAUCGAACUUAUGCUGUUAGCUCUAAAGUCACUUCUAUGUCAACUCAAACAAAGGUCAUGAACUCUCAGAUGAAGAUGGCAGGAGCUAUGUCAACUACAGCAAAGACAAUGCAAACAGUUAAUAAGAAGAUGGAUCCACAAAAGACACUACAAACAAUGCAGAAUUUCCAGAAGGAAAACAUGAAGAUGGAAAUGACUGAAGAAAUGAUUAAUGAUACUCUGGAUGAUAUUUUUGAUGCUUCUGAUGAAGAGGAAGAAAGCCAAGAUAUUGUUAACCAAGUGCUUGAUGAGAUAGGAAUUGAAAUCUCUGGAAAGAUGGCCAAAGCUCCUUCAGCUGCCAGAGGCUUGCCAUCUGCAUCAACAUCAAAAGCUGCUACCAUAUCAGAUGAAGAGAUUGAACGGCAGCUCAAAGCUUUGGGAGUUGAUUAGCUGAAUGGCAAUAUACAGUCUGCUUUCUAAUUAUUCAGCUUCAGACAGAUGUAAAAAGUGCAAAGACUCUUUCAGUGCAACUGAUGUGUAGGAAAACUUUGAAGCUUCAGGAAUGACAGCUUUAAGUUAGUACUGGGGAAAGGAGAAGGGAAGAAUAUUUUGAAUCAUUUUACUAGAAGUAUCCUUGGUAUGUCCAUUGCAUGGAGUCCUUCUGAGCACUGGACCAACCAAAGAUGUAAUUCUAAUGUUAAAUUUAUUUAUACCAGAUCUGAAUCUGUCCUCUGAAUUCAAAAUCUUCUUCUGUCUCAGUUCCUGAUCUAUCUUUAAAAUUGUCUGUGGCUGCUGGUGAUGACUCCUAGGAUGGCACCUAUAUAAAAUACAUCAUUUUUAUAAAACUAUCUCUAUCGGAAAACUCUUAGUCUGUCAUCUUAGCACAAAUGAAACUUCACCUUUGCUCUUUUGAGGAGAAACAGCCUUGAAAGCCUAGCAAAUUUAGGCAGAAAGAAAAAAUAUUUUAUGUAUUUCUUUCAAGUUCCUGUAUUAACUUUGAGUUGAUUAAAUAAUAGCUGGUUAUUCUUUUUACCAAAAGGGAAGGAUGCAGUCCUUCUGCAGUUAAAAGAUUAAAAUUUGGUAGUGAACUUUUUUGCAUGAAAGGCACUGACGGAACUAUACUGUACUGUAAUAUAGCUGGUUUCAACAGAAUUGCUGUGCCUUUAUGUAUAUAAAUCUUGUACCUUGUAAUUCUUUUCAGAGUGAGUCUUUGAAAAGUGAGUAAACUGGUAAAUAAGAUGCUUUCACAAAGACUACAGUGAGAUCUCUGUGUGCACUUGAUGGGACUCAGUGCUGAAGUUCAGAAAUGCAGCUUGUGCACUUAAGAAAAGGACAUUUGCCUGAAACAACAUUUGUAUAUAUUUUACAGUAUUUCUUAAUGGAAGAUAACUGUGCAUAAUUGUAUUGUUUACUAAGAUGCAAUUGAUCACAUUGAUAAGCUAAAUGAAAUCUUAGUUUUGAGAACAAUUUUGGAUGAUACAUAAUAAUUACUCCUCUAAACACUAUAAUAAAAGUGUUCUUGUUCUGUGAAGGUUUUUCUAUGGUCUCUGAACCGCAUAAACAUGAUUCUAGCUGUAAGUAGAAUGCAUUGGGCUAAUCAAGUAAAAACUGCUAAUAUUUUAAAUAGAUGACAAAGGCUGAGAACUCAGUUCCCAGUUGCGACUUCCUAGAUAGUGUGAAGUUCCUCAGCCCUUUGCUCUGAUGGAGAUUAUUUGCCCCUCAUUUGUGCUGGUGUAGUGGGGCUGUUCACUGAACAGAAACGACAAAAUCGUCUUGACUUUAAAAAAAGUAAAAUAUCUCCUCCCAAGACUGAAACUGGGAUAACUGUGGGGAGGACAAACUGCAGAGAGAGACUUUGCACUGCUAUAGAAAGUGUAGCAGGAAGCCAUAACCUCUAUGAUCUACUAUUGUUGCAUCAUCUGGGUUUUGGCAUAGAAGUGCAGGUGUUUAUUCUUUCUAUUUGAAGGAAGUAAUGGACAAAAUAUGCAUCUGUGAGGUAGUGGGUAGGAAUGUGUAAGUUUAUAUAUUUCAUAUAUCCACUAUAAAGUGUUUUUUGUUUUCUUUCUUACAAGUUUUGUAAAAAUCUAAUAAAAGGCUUUUUUUUUUCC